AUGCAUCAGCUUUUUGCUUUCUUAACAGGAACAAGAGAAUCACUCACUUGGUGUCUUGUCUUGGCCGUGAGUAUUGUGAUAUGGAUCACUGCGUACCUAUACCUGGUGUUUCAAUAUCAUCGAGCACACCGAUCUGACAGAUCCGGACUGAUACCACCUUCUUACCCGUCACUUUUUCCAUACCUGAGCGUCGUGAUUUCGUUGGUAUGGAAUGCCCGCGCCGCCCUCUCACGUUUCACCACGUACAAUGGAAACUCUUCGGUGACGCAGUUGCCAGUGUUCCCUGGCAUUAACGUCUUCGUUUAUCGAGACCCUGCAAUCAUUCGUCAAAUUUGGAAACAGUCAUCCCUCCUCGACUUCCGCCCAACCGUUGUAUACUUCUUCAAAGACCUCUGUGGGAUGUCGAAGAAAUCUGCGUUGCUUUAUUUGGAAGACGACUCGGGAGACCAGAUCAAGCCGCUACCAGGCAGCAGCGUCCCAGAAGAGCUUCGAAUCCAUCGCAUCAUCUACCAGAGCGACCGUCAAGCACUCACAGGCCAUGCCCUCGAAGCUACUCUCCAGCGCUAUAUGGAUGUAUUCGUUGCUAAGAUAUCAGAACGUGUGCCGGAUCAGAACGGCGCGUGGAUAGACUUUCCCGAUUUGUGUAGCUUCACCCAAGAUACUGUGGGCGCAGCUGAGAUAGAAGCAAUCUUCGGCCCUAAUCUCUUCAAAAUGCACCCGGAUUUUGUGCGCACGUUUUUCGAAUUCGAUCAGGCAGCACCAUGGCUGCUUAGGAAAAUGUCUUAUGGAAGGGCAGAGAGGCUUCGUCAUACCAUCCUGUACCAGUUCAGGACCUGGUUCAAGUAUGCGAGGAAGCAUUACACUGAAGAAAGCAGAUAUGAAGACGGUGACGGGGACCCUUUCUGGGGCUCUGCAUGGACCCGUUGUCGACAUGAAGAACUUAGACCCCUUUUUGAUGACGAUGCAAUGUCGUGCAUUGAUCUUGGUCUGGCUUGGGGAGCAACAGCGAACACAGUGCCUUGUUCCAUGAUGGCUGCGAUCCACGUGAUGCGAGACCCAUCGCUUUUGAAUCGCGUGCGGCGUGAGGUUCAGGAAGUGUAUGUUGAUCGCGCCAGCGGCAAGCCGGGGCCUGUUGACAUGAAAAGAUUGUCGGCGAGCCCACUGCUGUCCUCUAUCUACGCAGAGACACUCCGUUUGCAUGUAUCAGUGUCAGUGCCAGUUUUGCCGAUGUAUGGUGAGCUGAAUCUGGGGAAAUGGCGCAUUCCUAAGUCCAGUUACGGGCUGAUCCCAACUGGCAUUUCACACAUGGACAAUAAUGUAUGGAACACUAAGGACGGUAGCCGCCCGGUGGACUCGUUCUGGGCCGAACGGUUCAUUGUCAAUCCAACUGACCCUAUGAGCGGCCCCGUCCGACCCAGUGCCCAGCUGUCAAACACGUGGAUCAAGUCCACGGCUAGCAAGGACAAGAGGCAACCGUACUUCAGUACUGAUGGGUUGGAAGGAACAUGGAUCCCUUACGGUGGUACGGCUAUCUUUUGA